AUGCGGCGUCAUAAUCUCGACAACGCCACAGCGCCGGAUUUUGAACAUCUCGGUCUCGAUCGCUUGCACCCAGUCAUGAAACGAUAUGAGAGCCCAGACGACGAAGACGCGUUCUGUGAGCAGAUGCUACUUCUUGGUGCGAAGUGGUGGAGCUCGUACUCUCGCUUUUCGCUGUUGAAAGGCGCGGAGCUGCACGAAGAGGAUUGCAUCUUUUUGCUUGAAGAAGGUGAAGAGCCGGCACCGGAGCUAAAAGAGAGAUUGUGGGUGAGAGUAGCGUGGUCGAGCAGCGGUGGGCUUGUAGUGUCAGAAUUUGACACAACUCUCUAUGGUUAUGACCCGGAUAGCGACAAUUUUGUCCCAGACGAUGAGAACAAACUACGGCUUUGUAGGGAUAUGGACGAAAAGGCGGCUGUUCUGAAGGAGAAAUUUGAAGCUAAAACUUUUGCAGGUGUGGAAGAGUGUCAGGGAAACGCUUUCAUCAAUCUUCAGAAUUGGAGGGAGGCUGGGAAAUUGAGUACAAUUCAGGAAUCAAUUGUAAAAGACCAGUGA